AUCUCAUACAAAUACAAAGACAAGGACCCUUUCUUGUCAUCACUCUCCUCAGUUCCCUGCAGAAACAUACAGUCUGAGAGAGAGAGAGAGAGAGAGAGAGAUGGGAAUGGUGUCCUUCAUUUCAACCGUCCCUUCUCUGGUUUCGUUGAUUCCAUCACCAUCUAGGGCUGCCUCUAAAUGCUUCCUUCGUCAUUCUAGCACUAUAAAUUGCAAAAUUGAAGCUGAUUAUGAUCAUGAAGAUCGCCUCUCACGACGCCACGUUCUGCAUUGCUUUGGUGCUACCAUUGGCAUGGACUUGAUUGCAAGAUCCAGCUCAUUAAGUGAAGUGGCCAAUGCUGCUGACUUGAUACAACGCAGACAACGUUCAGAAUUUCAGUCCAAGAUUAAGGGGACCCUCGCUACAGCACUGAAGGGGAAUCCAGAGCUCACCCCAUCUAUAUUAACUUUAGCACUCAACGAUGCUAUGACUUACGAUAAGGCAACAAAAUCUGGAGGCCCCAAUGGGUCGAUUCGGUUUAGCUCAGAGAUUAGCCGAGCAGAAAAUAAAAAUCUAGCUGCUGCUUUAAAUUUCUUGGAGGAAGCAAAGAAGGAAAUAGAUUCAUAUUCCAAAGGUGGACCUAUAUCAUAUGCAGAUCUCAUCCAAUUUGCAGCCCAAAUCGCAGUUAAAUCGACCUUCCUGUCGUCAGCCAUUAGGAAAUGUGGUGGGAAUGAAGAGAAAGGGACCUUACUGUACAGUGCAUAUGGUUCAAGUGGGCAGUGGGGGCUGUUUGACAAGCAAUUUGGGAGGUUAGAUGCUGAACAACCAGAUCCAGAAGGAAGGGUCCCUCAGUGGGACAAAUCUAGUGUUCUGGAGAUGAAGAAUAAGUUCUCUGCUAUCGGCUUGGGGCCCCGCCAGCUAGCUGUCAUGUCUGCAUUCUUGGGUCCCGAUCAAUCUGCAACUGAAGCAUUACUUGCCUCUGAUCCAGAAGUUUUACCAUGGAUUCAGAAAUACCAACGUAGCCGAGAAACUGUAUCACAAACUGAUUAUGAGGUUGACCUCAUCACCACAAUGACAAAACUGAGUUCCUUGGGCCAGCAAAUCAACUAUGAGGCAUAUACAUAUCCUGUCCAGAAAGUUGAUUUCAGCAAACUGAAGUUGUAGUGAUGCAGCAAAACUACUUUCGGUAAGUCAUGCCGUGAAGAGAACAGAAUUUGUGCUAUACUUGAAGCUUAAAAUGGCAGAUAGUUCUUGCAGAGUGACAUCGGAAUUGCAUUAUUGGCGGCAGAUUGAGUCUUUAUAGUUGGAAAUUUGGGUGUUGAUAGAUCAAAGUUUUUACCUUUGAAGCUUCGAAUAUCACAUACUCAUGUUGGGUGAGAACAAACUCUGUGUUUACAUGAUAUAACUUUCGGUGUUGAUGAAGCUGAUUCUUUGUUGCACAUUACAAUUAGGAUAAAUUACAACCAUUUC